AUGGAUGAAAAAUUUGAGAAGGGCGAUGCUCUUGAAUACGUCGAGAAUGGCAUACAGCACCCAUAUACGGAAGCAGAGAAGCAGAAAGUUGUGCGCAAACUGGAUCUUCAUCUACUUCCGUUCUGCUUUUUGCUUUACACAUUUUCUGUUCUCGAUCGAUCAAAUCUAGGUAAUGCAAAGACCAUCGGUCUCGCAAAGGAUAUCGACAUUUCCGGAAACAAGUACUCAUGGCUGGGGACCAUAUUUUACAUUGCAUACAUCAUCUUCCAAUUCUCUACGCUAGGCUGGAAAAUUUUCAAGCCUCACCAAUGGGUCUCGGCGGUUGUUGUCUUCUGGGGUCUUGCUAGUMCCCUACAAGCCACAGUAACGAGCUGGGGUGGGCUGAUGGCUUGUCGAUUCUUUCUGGGAUGGGCUGAAACAAUGUUCGGUCCAGGUGUGCCUCUCUACUUUUCAUUCUUCUAUCCUCGGGAAAUGCUAGGGUUACGAUUUGGUAUUUUCUUAUCCGGAGCUGCCUUGGCAAAUGUUUAUGGAAACUUGCUGGCCUAUGGACUAGGGCAGGCUCAUUCGAGUAUUAGUUCUUGGAAGUUUUUGUUUAUCAUUGAAGGUGUUCCGACUGUGCUGUUGGCUGUUGCAACCUACUUCUUCCUGCCGGACUCGCCAACGACAGCAAAAUUUCUCAACGAGAGGGAAAGGGAGGUCGCGCGACAGAUUGCCACUUCUCAGCCAGAUGACUACGAACAUGAAGGACUUCAGCUGAGCCAAGUCGGAGAAGCAUUCAAGGAUUACAAGAAUUAUCUAUUCGCAAUAAUGAACUUCAGCAAUAACGUCAGCUUUGCCUCUCUGCCUCUGUUCCUCCCUACAAUUGUCUCAGAAAUGGGUUCCUUUACAACUGUUGAAUCAAACGGCCUGCUCGCCCCUCCCUACUUCUUAUGCUUUCUUCUCAUCAUCGCCAUCAGCAUCCUUUCCGAUAGGGUUCGUCUCCGUGGACCGUUUGCUGCUUGCUUCGCUUUUCUUUCCGCGGUCGGGUUUAUUCUUCUCGGUGCUACGACGUCGGUGACGUCAAGAUAUAUUGGAACGUUCUUUGCAGUCCUUAUUUUCGUCACGACGUCUAUCGUUCUCAUUUGGAACGCAAACACGAAUUCUACAAGCUCGAAGAGGGCCGGUGGACUAUGGAUUAUCAUGACAAUAGGACAGUGCGGUCCACUUUUGGGAACAAAUGUUUUCCCUUCGAACCAAUCACCGCUGUACCGUGAAGGAUCUUGGAUUUGCUGCGCUUUUGCAUUGUUGUCUGGCGUAACAGCAUUGGUGCUGAGCUUCUGUUUGUGGCAGGAGAACAAGAAAAUGGAUCGUCUAUAUGGUCCUUUAGAGGAAUUGGAUCCGAUCGAGCGCCCGGAGAACGAUGAGGUUCCGAGAUUCCGUUAUAUCAUCUAA